GCACUUACGCCGCGUGAUGUUGGGCAAUUUAUGUGGGGUAUUCUUUAGAGAAAUAGAUGUUUUGAAAUAGUCUAUCGCACAAAAACAAAAGGAACCCUUUCUCUCUAAUCAAACGAUGAUGUCGUAAUUCGUGGUGUUCCUUUGACCUACGCGACUCCGCAUCCUAUCAGCAUCGGGUGACCGUGGUGGGCUGAUGGUGCGUCCGCUUAUCUACACUCCCCAAAAACAAGCGAUGGAACCACGAAUAAUUUGGACCUCCAAAAAGAGGCCGGUGCUAGCAGCAAGAAGAUUGCAGAAGCCAAACAUGGAACCCUAUAUAAAGCCACGCUCGUGUCCAAAAACAGCAUAAUUCAAGCUUGUCGGGCACCGUCUGUUGUCUCAAGUUAAAAUACCAAUCCGCUGUAAUCAAAGAUGAACUUCCUGUGGCUCAUCACCUUUCUGCUGGCCCUCGUUGGCAUGAUUGCAGGCGAUGCCGCUUGCCCGAAGGGAUUUACAUCGCAGCACAACAAGUGCGUCAGCAAACGCCCAGUACACGGUGACUGCCCGAAGGGUUCGUCCUACAGUGCCAAGCUGAACCUGUGUGUUCAUAACUAGAAAUAAAGGAGCCGUUUUGUAGAGUAAUCGUUUCUCCAUUCUCGCUUCACUAUACCAAUUAACCCUCUGUUUGUUAACCAUCUG